CGUUAUGCAAAUCAGAUGAUUUUUACAAUUGGGCUGCCAACAUUAAGAGCAUUAUUGAAUUUUAUUGUUUUAUUAGGAAAAAUAUGGCAGCAAGAUCUCUAUCAAAAAUAAAAAAAGAGGCUUGUGAAAUAAGACGUCACCAAGAAGCACAGACAAGUUUGUCACAUGGCUCGUUUUGUCAUACUCAAGAUGUGAACAUCAAGAAUAUUUAGACAUGACCCUUAGGGUUUCUGAAAUUUGCAAGUGUAGUGAUUUCUUCACGGAAUUCGAUAACAAAGACCAAAUUAGAGAAAAUGUUACAAGAUACCUACUGAGUCUGAAUUUACCAGCAAAAUUCAAAGGCCUUCCGGAUGAUAUGAACCUAGAAGAAUCUGUUGAAAAAAAAGGUUUGUGCAAACUUAGAAAACCGAAUAUUCUAGUUGGAGCUGUGAGAAAUAAAAAUGGCGAAGGGAGCGGCACUUUCUUUGGCGUUCCAGUGCAAAAGCUGGAUAAGGAAAAGGUGACUUUAAGGACAGGGCAUAUAUUGAUGGUUCCUCGUGGUCUUCAUGAAAUGUGCCUGUACGUUUUAACUCAUGCCGAAGUAAAAGGAAUCUUUCGAAAAGCAGGGUCCGGAGAAAAACAGGAACGUAUCAAAAAUGUAUUGGAGACUUGUGGAAAGUUGGUGGGAGGAGAUCUGGACGUAUUAGAUGUAGCAGUAGUCAUCAAGUACUUCCUGAAAAUGCUACCAACGCCGCUGAUUCCAGCGGAGUACCAGAAUCUAUUCCUGGCCUGUGAAGAACACGCUGAUAGACGAGAUGUACUAGUUUUAUCGUGUCUUCUUCUUCCGGUGGAGAACCUGAAUCUCCUGACUUACAUGAUGCAAUUUCUCGACCAAGUGGCUAGUCAUUCAUUUGUAAAUCAAAUGAACGCAUAUAAUAUUGCUGUUUGCGUCGGACCUAAUAUAAUGCCUGUGUACAAGCAGGAACUUGUGAAAAAAGUUGUGACAAUUGUAAAGGUUCUCAUUGAAAAUUCGGAUCUUAUAGGAACAGUUCCAGAAGUGAUGCGAAAAGUGCCAAUAGCCAGAAAAAAGACAAUCUGUCAAAAAAUUAUUGAAGCAGUUUGUCCAAAACUCAAUAAAUCAUACUAAAAUUUGAA